AUGAAAUUUAGUGUAAUAGAAGACAUAUUCCAUUCGAUAGGUUUAUCUAUAAACCAACCACAAUUUUCCUCCUGUGCAAUUUGGAAUUCAGUGGCCACUACGUUUGCAAACAAUACAACCGUAGGCACCUAUCCGUAUAAAAUCUUUGUCAACAAAGACAACACUGUUUAUGUGACGGCCGCAUCUAUAAAGCAAGUUCUUGUGUGGGCUAAAGAUAGUGACAUUGUAACACAAAACAUAUCUAUUGGUGUAAACAAUUCUUAUGGCGUUUUUGUCACGAGUACUGGUGAUAUUUACGUUAGCAGUGGUGAUGCGAUUGGUCAAGUGAGUAAGUGGUCGGCGAAUGCAACGGUUAAAGUCACUAUUAUGAAUGUUAGUGGAAGAUGUGCUUAUCUAUUUAUUGAUAUUAACGAGACUCUCUACUGCUCGAGUGAUAAUAGAAAUAUAGUUAUUAAAAUAUCACUUAACAGCACUGCAAACACUGCACCCUCGAUCGCAGCAGGAAAUGGAACAAAUGGACCAAACGCAUACAUGCUUUCCAAUCCCCUUGGAAUUUGGGUCGAUGCAAAUUUAAAUCUAUAUGUUGCCGAUUUCAAGAACAAUAGAAUUCAACAAUUUCGACCAAAUGAAUUAAACGCUACUACCGUAGUCGGAACGUCAGGAACAAUCGUACUCAAUGGUCCAUCAGAUGUUCUACUGGAUGCAGCCGGAUAUUUAUUUAUUGUCGAUCACAAUAAUAAUCGUAUUGUUGGAUCUAGUUUCAACGGUUUUCGAUGUAUAGUUGGAUGUUCGAGGGUGGGCGGAGCUGGGUCCGACCAAUUGAACUAUCCGUAUAGCUUCAGUUUCGAUAGUUACGGCAACUUAUUCGUCGCCGAUACUUACAAUCAACGAAUUCAAAAGUUUAUUUUAGCUACGAAUUCUUGUGGACUUUCUUACAACCGACCGAAGAUUUCUUCUUAUACAACAUGGAAUUCUAGCGGUGUAACUAUCGGUGAUAACAACACAUUCGGUGCAUUACCUGAUAGCGUUUAUAUAGAUAUUGAUAAUACUCUCUACGUUGCUGCACCGAUUCUGAAUCGGAUUCUGGUAUGGCCUGAAGAUAGCAUAAACGUUUCCAGAGAUAUUUCGGGCGGUUUAAAUGAGCCAUACAGUAUGUUCAUAUCCACCAUUGGUGAUGUGUAUGUUGACAACGGCAAGUAUAACGGUCGAGUCGAUAAGUGGACACUGAAUGCAACGAGCAGCGUUGUCGCAAUGUACGUUAAUGGAAUUUGCUAUGGACUCUUUAUCGAUGUGAGUGAUCAUCUCUAUUGUUCUAUUGGUAAUUCUCACAUAGUGGUAAAAAAAUCAUUGAACGACAGUGUCAACUCAACCACCGCCGUUGCAGGAACAGGAACAUUUGGAAACGCACCAAACAUGCUUUACGGGCCUCGAGGAAUAUUUGUCGACCUUGAACUCAACCUAUAUGUAGCAGAUUGUUUCAAUAACAGAAUCCAGCUCUUUCUAACGAACGAUUCAAACGCCACUACGAUAGUUGGAAAUGGAUCAAACGAAACGAUUACACUUUCGUAUCCAAUAGCAAUCGUUCUUGACGCGGAUAGGCACCUAUUUAUUCUUGAGUAUGGUAGUGGUCGCGUUGUCGGCCCGGGAUUCAACGGUUAUCGAUGUGUAAUUGGAUGUACGGGUUCUGGUUCAGCAUCAAACCAACUAUAUCAACCGACAAGUCUUAGUUUCGAUAGUUAUGGUAAUUUAUUUAUUGCUGAUACUCAUAACAAUCGAGUGCAAAAGUUUUUCUUAAUAACAAAUUCAUGCAGUGGACAACAAUCAUCUGCUUUUCUUCCAUCGUGUCCAAAUUAUAGUAUAUUCAAUGUGACGUGUGAUAUUCUUCGACCAUGUCAAAACAAUGCUACAUGUUCUUCUGAUAACACUACACUUCUUGGUUAUAGUUGCAUGUGUCUGCCUGGCUUUAAUGGUACCCAAUGUCAAUAUAACUAUCGUCCAUGCCAAUCGAGUACUUGUCUCAAUAAUGGAAUAUGUAACGAAACAUCCAACACAACAUUUACGUGUUCAUGUUCGCCUGGUUGGCAGAAUAGUCAUUGUGAAACAAAAAUAAACUAUUGUAAACCGACAACGUGUUUAAAUCGAGGCGUUUGCCAACCACUGUUACUCAAUUACACCUGCCAAUGUAUUUCCGGAAGUUAUUCUGGCCAAUAUUGUGAAAUAACAUCGAGUAGAACCGUGGCUUUUCAGACGUUUUCUAAAUCAUUUGCUUAUAUUGUAAUUUUUGCAAUAAUAAGUACUGCAAUGUUUAUUAUUGUCAUGGAUGUGCUGAAGUAUGGUUUCAAUAUUGAUCCAGUAGGUAAAGAUCUUCUCAAGAAAAAACAAGCGAAGAAAGCAAGCAGAACUAGGCGACCAGACGUUACGCGAUAUAUUUAUGUCAAUGCACUACCAUUUUGA